AUGCCGGGCUCACUGGCAGACUACCUCGCCAAAAACUACCUCAACGCAGAUCCCGCGCCCGAGCGACCAAAAAAGAAGCGUAAGAAGACCAAAAUCGCAGACUCGGCGGAGUCGGGCCUGAUCAUCGCCGACGAUGACGCUCCCGUCUUCGGAAAUGCCCGCCCCCUUGAAGACGACGAAUACAAACCUUCCAUCGACACCUCCAUAACGAGCGCCGAGUUCCGCCGUGCAAAAAAAUCAAGUUGGAAGACUAUUGGAGGGCAACCCACCGCGCCGCCAAAAGAUUCGGACCAAGCAGCCGCCGAUGCAAUCCUUGCCUCUGCUGCCGCGGAACGAGCCGCCAGACAAGCGGAUAACGAGGACGAUGCGCCCGUGAUCGAAAAUGCGGACGGGGGUGAGGAUGACGGGCCACGCAUGGAAUCGGGGGUGCGCGCGGGUCUUCAAACCGCCGCCGACACGGCCGCUAUGGUCAAGGCGCAAGAACGACGCAAGAAAGCGGAAGAGGCACUCUAUCGAGAUCCAGCGGCGGUGGAUGCGAAAUCUCAAGAAACGAUCUACCGUGACGCGUCCGGUCGCAUCAUCAAUGUGCAGAUGAAGCGCGCAGAAGCCCGGCGGGCCGAGGCGGAGAAGAAAGCGAAAGAGGAGGCUGCUCGUGAAGCUCUCAUGGGUGAUGUCCAACGGCAGCAGCGCGAAUUGCGAAAACAAGAACUACAAGAUAUCCGAGCCAUGCCUGUUGCAAGGGGCAUCGAGGAUGAAGCGCUGAAUGACGAGCUGAAGGAUGCAGCGCGGUGGAAUGAUCCCGCCGCACAGUUCUUGACGCAGAAGAAAGGUCCCGGCGCGAGUGUUUCAGGGAAGCCCUUGUACAAGGGCUCGUUCCAGCCCAAUCGAUAUGGCAUUCGUCCCGGACAUCGGUGGGACGGUGUAGACCGAUCGACUGGGUUUGAGAAGGAGUGGUUUGCUGCGAGGAACAAAAAGAGUCGGUUUGAGGCUCUUGAGUAUCAGUGGCAGAUGGAUGAGUAG